CACAAUCAUUUAUGGUUUUGAGACUUUCCGGGCAAUAUCCUUUCCCCUUUCUGGACCCUAUAAGUCCACCACCUCUUCUUCUUCUUAAACCUCUCUGAGGGUUUCUGAAUCUCGGAGUCAACAUGUGUUUCAAUAAGUGUCCUCUGUUUCUUCUGCUUCUCAUGUUGUCUUCUAUUUCACAGAAACCCUCAGUUGCAGAAGCAAGACCCUUCUCCCUCAAAUCCCAUCAAGGAGGCUCGGAGACGACCUUGGCUUCGCUCGGAGUUGUGUGCAAGUGUUGUGAUGGGAUUGGUGGUGCCUGCACAAGCACGUGGACAGAUUCUUGCUCUAACUUGCAGUGUUCUCCAUGGAAAUAUCAGACUAGCUAGUUAUGAUCUUCUUCUGUGUAUUUAAUUUUCUGGUUUUUCACUGCGUUUGUACCUUUUGGAAGAAUCACGGAUACUAUAUACUACAGAAAUAUCAGAAUA